AUGUCCAGCAAAGAUUCGAAAGAAGAUAAAGACGCGCUCGAUGUUCUUGAGCUUGAAGCCAAAGAAUUUGAUAAGGAUGCUGAGAUUGACCGCAUCUUGAAGGCAUUUCGCCUGGAUGCCUACGCCGUUCUUGAUCUCCAACCUGGUGUUCCUGACUCAGACAUUAAGGUUACUUACCGCAAGAAGUCUCUACUCAUCCAUCCCGAUAAAACAAAGAACCCACUGGCACCAGAUGCCUUCGAUCGGCUAAAGAAGGCCCAGACAGAGCUCAUGGACGAGAAGCACCGUGCACGACUAGAUGAAGCUAUCGCGGACGCACGAAUGCUGCUUAUCCGCGAAAACAAAUGGACUGUCGACAGCGAAGAGCUCAAGACGGAAGAGUUCCGGAAAAUGUGGCGCGCAAAGGCCCGAGAUGUUCUCAUUGAUAACGAGCAUCGCCGGCGUCGCCAGAUGAAAGCCCAGCUCCAGGAAGAAGGUCGUGAACAACGACGUACUGAUGCCGAGGUGGAAGAGCGUAAGCGCAAACGGCAGCAUGAACAGGACUGGGAGGCCACCCGGGAUGAGCGGAUCAGCAGCUGGCGACAGUUCCAGAAGGGAUCAGGUGGCGAGAAGAAAAAGAAGAAGAAGCUCAAGCCCAUCGGCUAG